AUGGUCGGCAAACGAACUCUGAACACGGGGAAGAACCAGGGAGAUGAUCACUGGAGGGAGGCAGAUGUGGAAUCCGGGAACGGUCCUAGACGGUUUCCUCGCUUCAAGGAUGCUGUCGAGUAUGUUUUGGAUCGCCGAACCACAGCUGCAUUAAAGGAGCAGCUGCGGGAAGGUGUACAAAGAGGAGCAUUUGAGAACGCCAGAAAAAGCGACAAGGAGCUGAAGCAGAUAAAAAACAAAAAGAUCCGCAAAUUCUACGAGAAACAGAACGCCACCUUGAAUGAUUGGGCCGAGGUGGACACGAUAGUGCUGGCCAUGGCCGACGAGGUUAUGGAGAGCAUGAACACCGACGCUAAUCAUGAUGGCAUCCGAGAGAGAGAAGGGAGACUGCAGCAUGUGGAAGAGCACAUUGACUUUCUCUUGCCGGACGAGGUGCAGAAAAGAAGACAAAAGGCAGACCGAAACGCUCGCUGGGCAAUCAACAUUAAUGUCAUUGCCAAUAUUAUUCUCCUCGUAGCCAAGGGAAUAGCGGCGCUCAAGUCCUCAUCUCUGUCAUUGAUUGCCUCUCUGGUUGACUCGGCGCUGGACCUCCUGUGCACGGCCAUCGUAUGGACGACGAACAAACUUGUAUCUUGGAGGUUGUCAGCACUCUCGAGGAAGUUCCCAGUCGGCCGCCGGAGGCUGGAACCCAUUGGAAUCCUUGUGUUUUCCAUCAUCAUGGUCGUAUCGUUUCUUCAAAUACUGCAGGAGUCCGUUGAGAAACUGCUCCCGAGUGGCAACCACGACAUUGCUACAUUGCCCCCACUGGCUAUUGUUUCCAUGGCAGGGACCAUCGGAAUCAAAGGUCUGAUCGGCCUAGGAUGCAUAAGAAUCAAGACGACACAAGUGCAAGCGCUCGCUCAGGAUUGCAAGACAGAUGUCUAUUUCAAUACACUCUCAUUGCUCUUCCCUCUGAUCGGUAAACAGGCGGGCAUUUGGUGGUUGGAUCCACUGGGCGCAGCACUGCUUUCCUUAUACAUUAUCUACGACUGGGCCGACACCUGUAUCGACAAUGUCAGCAGGCUUUGCGGCCUGGCGGUGGACGAAACGCUCCAGAAUAAAUUGAUAUAUCUGGCUUACCGAUUCAGCAACUUGGUGUCCGGUUUCAAGUCGGUUAUUGCGUACCACGCCGGAGAUGGCGUGUGGGCAGAGUUCGACAUAUUGUUAGACGAGAAGACACCAUUAAGGCGCACGCACGACAUUGCCGAGACAUUGCAAUACUGUUGUGAGGCGUUGACCGAGGUUGAUAGAGCGUUUGUGACCACUGACUAUUCCGUGCAAAACCCUGGUGGGCAUUCUCAAGACUUGGUAUAA